AUGGUGUGUUCGGGAAAAUAUAAUGUUGAUUUUCGUGAUUAUGAUCACGGAUACUCAACCCCUUUGGGGCUAAUUACGACGAGAAUAUAUAUUUUCGAAGAUCAUCCCGAUCUGGAUCCCUUAACCGUUCGAGAUUAUGAAGAAAAAAUCAAAUUUCUAUUGCAAAAUGGCGCAGAUUACAAGGAGAAGAUAGAUAACCCGUUCGGAAAAUUCGGAAAGGAUACUACUGACGUUGGUGAACAGAUACUCAGAAAAGGAACAAAACAUAUGUUCAAUUUACUGUUGAAUUUUUUGGGAGAUAUAAACGAUCAACACGGUUUCUUGGGAGAUACAGCACUUCAUAUUGCCAUCGAAAGAGGAUUUUUCAAGACAAUGAAAAACAUAUUGGCAAGGAAUGCCGAUGUCAAUAAACCCAACUAUGAACAAAAAGAAACCCCACUUCAUCGGGCUGUUAGGUAUAACAGAAUAAACUUCAUAAAUUUACUUAUCGAGCAUGGGGUAAGUAUGGAAAGUACAGAUGUGGAAGAGAGAACUCCUCUACAUUAUGCUUACUCUAGAGACAUUAGAGGUUGGACUCCGAUGCAUACAUUAGUCUCUCGAUCAGAAACAGCAACAGUUGAGGCAUCAGAAGUGAUUGAGCUUUUCCUAGAUAGAGCAUUCGAUUUGGAGACCAAGAAUUUCCAAGGACGCACACCACUCUAUCUCAUCUUGAAAAAAAAAAUUGGGCCAUUGGCUUUGUUAUUUUUAAGAAACGGAGCCAAUCUUGAGAUAACUGCAGAUGAUGCUAUGUUUCUCUUACCUUAUAUUUCAAGCAAGGGAAUUUGGGACUACAUGACCAGGACUAUUCUCAAAUUUAUUGCCUUGGAAGUUUCUAAGGGAACUACACUACACGAAAAUCUGAAAAUUUUGAGCGAACGGAAGGAGGCAAGCAAUUAUUUGAACACCUGUUUUAGAGAAAUAGACAUGCUCAAAUACAUGGAAAUAGAGAAUACCACCGUCACUUAUUGGCGACUUCUGACUAAAGGUAUAAAUCAAAUAGCACUGUACGCCAAAAAUUACUCCAUCACCGAAGAAAUUAGGACUUUCGAAGUAAGCUCAUAUCCAAUUUAUGGUCCAGAUAUUCUUUAUAAGUUUGCAAAAGGAAAAAGGAGGUUGGAAUUGAUGACUGAAUGUGCAGACAAAUUGAACAGAAUGUGGGAGUGGAAAUUACCAUCAGUUUUUGUGGAUAUGGUAAUUGAUCAGCUCUCCAUAGCUGACAUGGAAAAUUUAAAAAGUGUGUAA